UUGAAUGCUCCUAGACACUUGUUGAGCUAGGAAUUAUACCAAGUUUGGGAAAUCCAAAAUGAAGAAGGCUCAGGUUUGGGCUUUUUAGGGAGGAGGCUUAUAAUUUUUAAAAGUCUCAUCAUUCUUCACCAAAAAGGGAGUAAACAUUUCUGGGAUGUGGAAUGCGCUAUAAUGGAGUAUAGCUGUGCUUGUGUGCUUAGUAUUUUCUGUGUAUUGGAGGAAUUUAGAAGGCAGGUCGCAAAUCCUCUGAUGAGACUGAUAAGCAGAGCUGAUGUCUGGCUCUCCUGUGUCGGGGUGUGGGAGGUAGUGGAAGGGUGUGGGAUGCCUCCUCCUUCCUCUAGUCCUUCAGCCCAUGUUUACCCUCGGAGUUCCGUGCGGUUGGAAGCACACAGUGAGGAACCAAAUAGCAAGUCUGCAGUCUGUCUGGAAUCUGUUCCGGAGUGUGGGCCCCAGGUUCCAGUCUGUUCGCUGUAUGACCUUGAGUGAGUGUCCUCACCUGCUUACUCAUCAUUGUGAGGACAGUAGGAGAUCGUGGACACAUGGAUUUAACGCAGUCCCUGGGACAGUAAACACCAGAUUUCUCACAUUGGCAAACUGAAAGAUUUUCUUCUGGAGCACAGGAAAGAUUAUAUUAAUGCUUAUAGCCAUAUCAUGUCUGAAUACGGGAGGAUGACAGACACAGAGCGAGACCAGAUUGACCAGGAUGCUCAGAUAUUCAUGAGGACCUGUUCAGAAGCAAUUCAGCAACUCAGAACAGAAGCCCACAAGGAGAUACAUUCCCAGCAAGUGAAGGAGCACAGGACCGCUGUUCUGGAUUUCACUGAAGAUUACUUAAAAAGAGUGUGCAAGCUUUACUCAGAGCAGAGAGCCAUCCGGGUGAAGCGCCUGGUGGACAAGAAGCGCCUAUCUAGGCUGGAACCAGAACCAAGUGCAAAGGCAAGAGAAUCUGCAUCUUCUGAGGAAGUUUCAGAGACCCCUUCCGAGGACUCAGAAGAGAAGCCUGCCUCCAAGGCAUAUCCAGAAAAGACCGUGGCCAAAGUGGGACCUGAACUGGGAGCCGUGGGAGACAGCAGAGGUGAAGAUGAGCUAUCUGCCGAAGAAAUACAGAUGUUUGAGCAAGAAAACCAGCGACUCAUUGGGGAGAUGAACAGCUUGUUUGACGAAGUGAGGCAAAUCGAAGGGAAAGUGGUUGAAAUCUCCAGGCUGCAAGAGAUAUUCACAGAAAAAGUUUUACAACAGGAAGCCGAGAUCGACAGCAUCCACCAGUUGGUUGUCGGGGCGACUGAGAACAUCAAGGAGGGCAAUGAGGACAUCCGAGAGGCCAUCAAAAACAACGCAGGCUUCCGCGUGUGGGUCCUCUUCUUCCUGGUGAUGUGCUCCUUCUCCCUGCUCUUCCUCGACUGGUACGACAGCUAGCAGUGCAGGCCGAGCACCGGGCAUGCCGUGGACCUCCAGCCGGCGCUGGGCACGGCAUCGCGAGGAGCGGCAGGAUUGAGACAGACAUGUGCUUAACAAAAGCGACACCCAAGGCAGUUAGCAGCCGGAGAGAAUGUGCAGAACUGGAUGUGGUCCGUGCACUGUCCUGGGCCAGAUGGGAAGAAUGGGCAAGAUAGUUUUGAACUGGCUGUCUGGGGCCCCCGCCAGGCUACUCCCCACACUGUCCCAGGCUCAGAGGAAGUCCUGCCCCUGCCCACCCCCGCAGCUUCAGGGAAGGCCAGGCCCCGUGACACCACUCAGAAGACCCCUGGGCCUGUGUUUCCUGGCGGCUUCUGGUCAGUCUGAGUCGGCUGACACACAGCCAUGGCACAACAGAAAAGAGAAUUCGCACUCGCCUUGAUUCAUAGAUGCUACCUAGCCACCCACUGACUGUCGGUGAGUCCAGACCGAGCAGUUCCGGGGACGCCCCCUGCCUGGGCUGCCACAGCUGCUGCACCCACACUAACGGCAGGGUGGGGAUGGGCAUAGGAGGCCAGUUUCCCAGCACUGGUGCGAGGAGGCAGUGUUUAGAGAAGGAAGCGGGCCACCGAGGGGCAGGGCCACAGAGCGGCAGGCAGGCGGGCAGGCGGAGGCCACAUGUGUGCCCAUAGCGCCUGCCGUCCUGGGGCGCGAGCCUUGGCCGCUGCUCCUGGGGAGGCGCCAGUGGUAUGCAGACAGACAGUCUCUCGGGCAGCACGGGUACCCUCAGCUCUUUAUUUGCACAGAGUGAAACAUCAGAAGUUAUUGCAGUCAAUGUACAGCCAA